UGGUAUUUUAUUUGGUGGUGAUAUUUUUUAACAAAAACUGUAGAAUAUUUAACCCUAGAGGUAUCUUAGAAUAGUAAUUAAAUUUGACAGACUAUUUUUAAGAGUUUUUUGUUUGAUUACGAAUACAAAUUCUGAUAUUUUUGUAUGAUUUUUAGAACAUAGGUAUCCAAGGGUUUUUAGGAAUCCUGAAUUUUAACACUAAGUCAUUUGUAAAAAUAAAUUACAAUGGCAGUAAGUCAGUUACACCCCAUAUUGUAUCCGCCAUGUUGUUUGAUCCAUGGCAGCAUGGUAGUUUUUAUACCGCAGAAACAAUUUCAAAAUGUAACAAUUUCUCAUAAAUUUCGCACAGUCGCGUCCCCAAUGGCGAACAGAACAGUUGGCAUUUAUUUUUCUGAAAUUAGUUAUAUUUUUUUUCAAAAAAUUUAGAUGUGAAUCUAAACAAGCCACACCAGAUUCAGUGCCAGACUCAGAGCGUCUGUACAUAUGUUGCGUGAGAACCCCGAACCGCGCCAGAAGAGCUUGGUGGGGCCCACAUAUAGGGUGACCAUUAUUAUGCUCGUCAUCGGACAGCUUCAGGUAUCGGUGGCCAUGGAGAUCAAGGCUCUGAAGGAAUUUCUGGCGGAACGCUACUACCUCAGUCUGGUCCUGUUUCUGGUCAGCUUCCUGUCCAUCCAGCUUUACGGCUUCUUCUACCACCUGAUCGUUAAACAACCCAUGUGGGUACGGAUUCUGGCGGGCUUCUGGACGUACGAGGUGAACACCUUGUCGAUCAUGAAGCCCGCCAAACGAGCCCCAUACGUAAGCCUCAUUUUGUCCUUCUUCCUCACCUUCCUUGUGAUGAUCAUCAGUGUUAUAUACGGCAACAAGGCAGUGCAUCACAGAAGGGGCCUAUACACCUCCCGCAACAAGGUAAUCCUGUGGAGCGAACGGCUAUAUGUGCUCACCUGUUUCGGCAUCAUCGUGUGCGCCGAAAUGAAGAGGGUUACCAUCGAGUUUUCUACCCUGUUUAUAUACACCACAAUGUCAAACGUGCAAAUUUUUAUAAGUUUUGGAACACAAAUAUAGAUUUACGUAAAUUUAGAAGACACUGUUGCCCCACAGUUCGUCAUAGUUUUCGCCGCCUCGAUGCGAAGACCAAAUUUUUAUCAUCACGAUUGUAAUGGGGAUU